AAUCACUUGGUAAAUAUUGUAAGGCAGAGUUUUUGUCCCGUUGAUGAGAUAAAAUGUGAGAUUUCUCAUCACUUCACUUCAACUUCAACUGCAAAUUAAAAGAUGAAUGCGAUAUGGAUUUCUUUAAAGGAAAACAUCAAGUGCAGCAGCAAGAUUAAAGAUGUAGCCCACAAAGCAACGGUGCCAAAACGCAGCAGCAGCUUUGACGAAGAUAAUGACACCACCACAAACAGGUUUCACGAGCUGGGAAAGGGAGAGGCUUCGAGAAACGUGAUUGAGAUGAUAUUCCGGUCAAGUAGUUCGGCAAAGGCAAAGCCGAGGAAGAUAAAGCGAGUGCUGAAGGUGAACAAUCCGGCCGACGUGGUGGCCAACUUCGAAAACUACAGAAGACAAGUGAUGAUGUCGUCGAAGCAGCAGCACCCGAGAACCGUGGUGGACGGCAACGAGGUGCUGCAGUUCUACGGCACCACCAUGAGCUGCUGCUGCAGCAGACUCAGAGUAUCUCGACUCUGCAGCCUUGCCGGCUGCCGGGUGUGCAGGCUCAUCGCCUCGGGCUUCGACACUUACUACAACAAGAUACACGGGAUUCGGCUUAGCACCAAGAGCAACGCCAUGACGGAGGAGGUUGGCGCCGCCGCCGCCCACAAAGCUGUCAUCAUUUGUCGGACCAUAGCAGCUGGAGUUGAGUACAGUGUUGGAGAUACCAUACUUGUGCCUAAUCCAACUGCGCUUCUCCCCUGCUUUGUUAUACUCUUUCACUAAGGCUGCUCUCUCUUUGAAUGCCUCUUUUCUCUUCCCUCAUCUUCUACAAAAAGAAUUUCACUAUUUCUUAUUUCUUUUUUACACUUUUUUAUUAUUUCUCCAUUUUUGGUGUCAUAAUAUUUUUCCUCCUCAACUGAAAAUAAGAAUGAGAAAGGGUGAAAUUCUCUUUUGCAAAAAAUGAGGCAUUUAAAGGGAGAAUUUGUUGUUAUCAUUCAUUUUUUUCAUGAUAAAUUUAUCAACUAAAAA